ACCAUCAUUCAGAAUAGGAAUACAAAUAGCCAAAAUUCUUCCUGAUGGUCCUGGUGUUAUUUUGAGGCAUCAGUAUUACACUGAGCCUGUUUCCUAGUUAAAGUUCCUUGUGGUACAUGUAUGCACAUAUUUAAUCAUGUGUUCCACCGCUGUUUUGUUUUUGUUUUUUUAAGAAAAAGCCUAAUUAAUAACCGUUUGCCCUCCAUCAUUUCCCAAACUGCUGAUACAGUCACACUGUGAGUUCAGAAAUCCCUGCUUUGAGCUGCGGACCGCUUACACGACAGUUUUAGGUGGUGUGUGAACUCUCUUGUCCGAGUCGAUCAUCUUUGUCGUCACGCGUGACGUGUGACGUUUCAGGAAGUGUGGGCUGGACCAUAUAACAGAAAUACACCGAGUAUGGGCCACUUGCCGAACAAACUAUUAUGAUAUAAGAACCCUGGACAACAAAAAUGCGGUUUGUUGUAAUUUUCCUGCAGAUUUCAAGGGCUUUCUAUACUAUUUCAGGAAAACUGAGAGUUUCUUCUCGUGAGUUCGGCGCAGCUUUUCAAAACAGCGCCAGCUAGCAUCAACAGAAGUGUUGAAUCAGAGAACUGGGACGUUUUGAGCAGAUAAGCAUCUACAGUCGUCUCCUCCACAGCAAAUUUCGCCGCUUCCUGUUGUAAGCAUUGUUUUUCCGCUGGCACCGUAGCUAACACGUUGAUGUUCUCACUGUUUGGACUGUUCUCCGAUGUUACUGUAUCGUUAGCCCCCGGGGGUCGUCGUUUCGGAUUCACUGCUCGGCUUGUGAUGGCGUGGCAGUAGCUUCUUCUUUGUCCGUGUGAGGAUUAUGCACGAAACUCACGGAUGUUUGUUUUGUUACACUGUCAAACUCGUUUCAAGGAUCCAGCCGAGGAGAAACACCUCGUCGUAGUCUCCGCUGAGGCAGUGACAGCCAGCUGACAUCACUUCACAACUUCUCGGCCAGGUGUUGGACUGCUGAGCUGCUCAACAUGGAUGAUGAGCUAUUCGAACAGAUUGUGGCUGUGUUUAACAGCCUGGUGUCGUGGGUGGCUGCUGGUGCCAUGGUGUUCGGUGGGGUGGUGCCCUACAUCCCCCAGUACAGAGACAUCCGCAGGACCCAGAACGCAGAGGGGUUCUCCACCUAUGUGUGCCUGGUUCUCCUGGUGGCAAACAUCCUGAGGAUACUCUUCAGGUUUGGCCGCUACUUCGAGACGCUGCUGCUGUGGCAGAGCAUCAUCAUGAUCGCCACCAUGCUCAUCAUGCUGAACCUGUGCACCAACGUCCGAAUGGCCACUGAACUCAACACCAAGAGGCGCUCAUUCAUAGACUUUGACUGGAGCCACUUCUGGUCGUGGACUCACUUCGUGGACUACUUGCAGUGCGUGCUUGCCUUCACGCUGGUGGCGGCCUACAUCACCUACCUCCUCCUGGACUCCGCGCUGUUCGUGGAGACCCUGGGCUUCCUGGCCGUCUUCACUGAGGCCAUGCUGGGCACACCGCAGCUCCACUGCAAUUAUCAGAACAAGUCUACAGAGGGCAUGAGUAUCAAGAUGGUUCUGAUGUGGACCAGUGGUGACACCUUUAAAACGGGCUACUUCCUGCUCACCCAGGCUCCUGUGCAGUUCUGGACGUGUGGGCUGCUGCAGGUCUUCGUGGACUUCGCCAUCCUGUUCCAGGUUUACUACUACAGCCGCUACCCACAGAAGCCUGUGUCUCACACCGUCUCCCACACCACCAGUGCCAAAGCCCUCUGAAAGCCUGCGCAAGCUCUCCGAUGACACGUCAACACUUAAAAAACACCCGUGAGGAAGCACUUGUAGAGGCGCUGUGGACAUGUAUAAACAUACACGAGUACCAAAGCACCUUGAGAUGAUGCAGGCUGCUCACCCUUACCUUCAAGUAUACAUAAAGACACAUACAAACCCAUAAAUAAGGCAGGAACAUACACAGACACUUUGUGGUGUUGGUGUCUGUAGCGAUACCUGAAGGACACUUGUUACAAACAAGCUCGACCUUUUUGCUUUAUUUAUGCUACUGACUUGUUCUCAAUGCGACAGUGUGCUUGUCUCGGAAUGCAGACUUCUAAGAGUAUAUCCCUCAAUCAAUCAACCUGUGCAUGUGGAGAAUAUUGUGCACAAACAUGAAUAUAUACAGUCGAUAAACUGCAGGUGUAUGCACUGAAAUCUGUGCUCAAGGAAAUGUGGACCAGCUGUUGUCGUCCACAUCGGCUGAUGAUUGUUGCAUGGACCCUCUGCCUUAAAACACACAUUGGAACAUGGCUUACCAGCAAUAUAAAUGUAUGAAUCAAUCAAAAACAAACAAAAAAAAAUCCUAAUACAUUGCUGAAUGUACAAAAUGGCAUUUUUUAUUUUGUAGUUUUUCCCUACUCAGUGGAGAUAUGCCGUCAGUCUACGACUUGUCGGGCAGAUGGUUGCCUUGUGCUGUGCAUCAGAGGCUCAGUCUUGUGGGAUGAUCGAGCAAACUGGAGGCAAUCACACUUUACCAAAAGAAGACAAAUUCCAAAGGCUUGGAGAUGAGGUGGAGAUGCAUUUGCUUUGAAAAACAAAUACUUGCGAACGUCACCAGUGGCAUUGAAGCUAAAGGAGUGCUGAGAAAAUCGGGACGUAAAAGACAAAAGGGCUUUCAUACGUCUGAAGCCAGAUUUGCUUGAAGUCAUGAAACACUGUGUUCAGGCUGCAUUGGAUUGAAAAAAAAAAAAGGCCAAUGUCAGCACGUUUUUAAAGGUGCAAUAUGUAAGAAUUGGCCACCUGUUGAAUUUCUGCUCAAAACAAACAGGGAGCAGCACAUCACCAGACUAAGUGCUGCUAACUGUAGCUCCGUUAGCCGUGCCGUUAGCUAUCUGGACUGGGGGCUCAGAACACCAGUUGGCGUUUGCACUGUUAGAACAGAAGGUUUGGACCGUGAAGGGCCAGGGCUAGCUGUUUAGCAUGCUAAACAUGCUUUUCAACACAGUACAUAAACAUCAUAGAAUGAAAACUGUCGCAUUCUGUUAAUAAUUUUAUUUUGAAUUGUUAUUGUUUUCAACCAGAAUUCCUACAUAUUGCACCUUUAAACGAUCAAUUUGGCUUAUUAUAAAUGAAUGCUCCAUUCAGGCGACGUCGGCAGAAUGGGAGGACCAGAAAAAACAUUAUCUGACUUGGGAAUCUUUACACAUUUUCUAUGUGAAUUUCAAGCCUUGUGGUCACACCAUUUGAAUAGUCUGAAUGAGCUACUUUUGUUGUCAUUUUGCCACCAGCUUAUUGACACUUCUGGCGUUCUCUUUCGCCUAAUGGGAGAUAAUGUAAGAGCUGUCAAGGUUUUCCAAUAAGUCUGACUCAGAAUUACAACUUGAAUCUUUUUUUCCCACUCGGCUGCUGAGAAUUACAGUUUGAACACUGUGAGCCGGGUGCAGCUUUACUUUGCAAUUAGGCAGGGGACAAUAGAAAAUGCAACAGUUAUGUUGGCUAAAAUAAUUAUGAUUGGGGAUAUUAUCCUCAUAGUCGUCGCAAUAUGCUCAAAACUGUUAAAAUGGCCCUAAAACAUACAGGAAUUACUGUAGCUUACAUUUUUUAAGAACAACACUCUGUAGUAUGUCGGGCCUUAUUCGGAAUCAUAGGAUCGUUCCAAUUUCAAUCAAUCAUUUCCACACAUCUGAUUUAUGUGUUUAUGUGCUGAAUACAGUGGAAAAGCCAAUUUUUCAGCCAUGGUGGUUUUGGUGAUCUGCCGAUCUGGAUAUCUGUACUUGUAAUAGAAAUUCCCCAUGAUCAACUUAUCCUGAGCUUUUAUCGCAAUCUGCGGUAAUAAUCUGUUUUAUCCCAUCGCUAUUUGCAAUUUUGGCUGUCAUUUCUGUCUAAUAAUUACAGACACAAAGUUAACUGAUGAGAUGUGGAAAGGCAGCAACUCAGAAAAUUAAUUUGAUGAGGUUGUUAUUAUUGAAUCACAAACGCAGACUUGAAGUGAGGCGCGAGUUGUACUGAGCCAGAAUGAUCCUCUCUGAGAGGUUCGCUUUAUGUUCUUCACAGACUGAUGCUCCUGAACGUGCUCUGCAGAAUCCUAUCUUCACCUCCCAUCGCAUUGGCUGUGGGUAGCGCCACCCGGCCGGUUUAUUAUUUAGCUUGCAGAUCCAAUAACGUCCCUUCAUAUCCCUGCUCAUGACUCUUCAUCACCGUGCGGCGGUGCUGCUUUGGGCAGGUUGUACUCAUCACCAUUUUGUCAAAAGAAGAUUAAUUUCCUGUUCAGGGGAAGCAGCCAGAUGAGAUCAGCGAGGGUUUUUUUUUUUUUUUUUCCUUUGGUUGUUGUUGUUGUUUUGUAAUUUUUGUCUCGGAGGAGGGAAGAAAUGCCAAACCAGGAGGUGUACGACUGUCAGCCCUUCAGUGAACUGUGUACCAGAGACCUGAUUCUGUCCUCUUCCUCCAAACCUCAAGAAAUGUUCCAGUGGGACGCGGCGGGAGUUUUCUCUGAAUAUUUCUUUCCUCGGUCUUAAAUGUACAAAAAAGAAAGAUAUGGUGGGGGGGUUGGUCUUUGGUUUAGUCUACCUAUUUAUCCUGUAAUCCUUUUGAUAUUCCACUGUAACAUCGUGUGUGCCUGUUGUUUACUCAGGCAGCAGUGGGAAUGACGGUGUUGUAAGGAAAGAGUGAGAUACCUGACAGCUUGUGCUGAGACCUCAGAGUUCUACCUGAUCUAUCAUUCAAAUCCAUGUAUCUGAUUUUACUAUUUUUUUUUUUUUUACCUUGUGUUUUGUACCAUUUGGUUAAUUAAUUUUUUAUCUUGUGAAGGUAUUUUUCCAUACAGACCGCCAACAUUCCAUGUCUUUUCUAUGAAAUCCUCACUGAGUUUGUUAAUGCACCAAACAUAUUAUUUCCCUUGUUUCUGACGCCAUUUUUACUAUGUUACAUCUGUUAGACUGUAGUUCUUUUUUUUUUCUUUUUUUUUUUCUAUUAAGCUUCCUGUUGUCCGCCUCAAUAGCUAAUAACAUCCAGCAGCACUUACAGCUGUUUUAAACACCAAGUUUUGUUGAGAAUCUUAAGUGGCAUUGUCACCCAAUAAAGAGGACACGGAGAGA